AAACUAACUUUUGCUAUUGAUUGUUGUGAUUCAGUUGCCGAAUCAUCUGGUCAUCUAGGUUUAUCGGAAAUAUUAAAGAUCAUGCGUCCUCAAAGAGAUGGGGAAGAACACGGUAAAGACUACUAUUAUAUUAGCAAAGAAGAGUUUGAGACUGAAUUAGAAAAAG